AUGCGGCCCGCCUCUCUGCCCGCGCAACAAUGGGGAGAACCUCGGGCGGCGCGCGAGUCGCCGGAGCGUCACGAACGGGCAGCGCCGCCUCGCUUAGUGGCCCACUCGUGGCUGCGCCGCCUAUCAAGUAUCGCAGAUAAACGCAAGGUCGACGUCGGACUUGCCGACGAGAAGCGCAAAAUUCAGUGCGUGGCGACGUCGUUCUGCGUGAUUGACACGGCGGCGGUGCAGUGGCUGCUGUCCAUCCUUGCGGACGAGCGGACGUGCAACGACUCCAUCCUCGUCGCCGCCAUCCUGCUCGUCGUCUACUCUGCAAAGUCCAGCAACUUCAUCUGCCACAUGCGCAACCUCCUCGAAGAGAAGACCAGCGGUUCGCCUCCCUGCCCGUGCCCUGGGGAGGAUGGCGGCAGGCAACGCUCCCGAAAACGCAGCCGCAGCCGCAGCAGACUCCGACGCGAUCUCAGCGUCUCGACCUUCGAAACUGACGACUGA